UUUAUAGCUGAUCAAACAGGACAGUUAUUUGUUGGUGAUGCAAUAAUUAAGGUAAAUAACAUUAAUGUUGAAAAAGUAAAUCACGAUGAUGCAGUGAAUAUUUUGAGAACAGCAGGUGAUGAAGUAAUUUUAUCAGUCAGGCAUUAUAGAGCAGCCACUCCAUUUCUUUCAAAGAGCUUACAACGUCGUAGAAAUCCUCCUCCAGAAGAACCCUCAAAUAGAGCAAAGGAUGAUGAUUUAUGGAGGGUUCCAAAAAGUCCACAUACACCUCAGGCAUCAGUUCCAAUUAGACUGGAAAGAAAAUGGGUUGAUGUAAUGACAAUACAACUGCUAAUGGCUUACCUCACACGUUACAUGUUAGAUACAGAUAAACUCAGGCCAAAUGCUUUUGAAAUAAAAUCACAGGAUGGAAAACCUUCAGCAGUGGUACAUUGUGACGAUGCUAGUAUGUUAUCUGAAUGGAUCAAACAUAUUUCUAAUAAUAUUCUCCAAAUUACAACUCAGCAUAUAAAGUCCCUUAACAAAUCAUUAUCACCUUCUGACCAGAUACUGUAUCUUGGUUGGGUAAAUGAAGGUACUUUAGCUCCUCAACCAUGGUAUAAAUGGCAUCAGAGGUGUUUAGCACUUAAAGGAGCUGAAUUUUAUUUGUAUAGUACUCCACCUCAAACACUUCAAGAUUUUACAAAUUGCUCUUCUGUGUAUAAAGUAUAUCAGUCCAUGUUUAGGUGUUUAAAAGAAUCAGAAUUUGUUGACGAGCGACAGAACUGCUUUAUGAUUCAAACUGGAACAUCUGAAACUCAUUAUUUGUGUGCAGAAACAAAAGCCGAUCUUCUCAGGAUAGAAACUGCCUGGCAUCGAGCAACUUAUAAUGCUGUAACUAAAUUAGGUAGUAAAACAUUUUCUGUAAUAUAUAAAGGCAAAACAGGUGGUCUCACUUUAGACUGGAAUAUGGGAUUUGCUCUUUAUGAUACCGAAGCAAAGUGUUAUGCUUGGAGUUACCGAUUCUCUCAAUUAAAAGGUUCUUCAGAUGAUGGGAAAACAAAAUUAAAUUUGCAUUUCCAGAAUUUAGAAACAAAAGUAAUUGAAUCAAAAGAAUUAGAAUGUCCAGCCUUGCAGAGCCUUCUAUAUUGCAUGCAUGCCUUUCUCACUGCCAAAGUUGCCUCCGUGGAUCCAUCAUUUCUUCGUGGCAUGUGACAAAUCCAUGCAGAACAUCAAUCACUGAUAACUUAUAUAAGCACAAAAUAUGGCCAAAAAUGUCACUGUUCAAAUACUCAGAUAAUCUUGAAACUCAGGUUUUUAGUUGCAAUGAAUUAUGAAAUUAUCAUCAAUUUAUAAUUUUAUUUGAAAGAUAAAAUAUAUUUAUUAUAUUAGAAAUUUAUAUGAUACGUAACCGAAUAUAUAUAUAACUUUAAAGAAGCAGAAGUGUUUGUCUUCAGUUUCUUUUUCUGAAAAGUAUUAUUUUAGUCAAUGUGCUUAACAGAGUAUUGAUGAUAAAUAUACACUAAUUAUAUUUUUAGGUUUUUAAAUAUAUUCAAAAUUUAUUCUAAUUGUGGAGUAUUAUGUAAAUAGGUUGCUAGGCACAGAAUGUAAACAAUGAUACUGUGUAAACCAUGAUUGUCAUUUGCACAAAUGUCUUUUGACAAUGAAUAUUGCAGAUUGUGUGUUACUUAGUUUGCACGUCAGUAUUCUUGCCUUCUUUUUUAACCAAGAUAUAAUUAUUUAUAUGGAAAUAUACGGGAUAACGCGCCAAAGAUUCCCUAAACUUUUAACAUACAUUCUAAUUGAGUGUUACGUAUAAAAUGUAUUAAAUGUAUACUGGUGAUCGUUUGAUAACGGACAGUUUGAAAUUAUGAUAAGGAGUAAGUUUCUUUUUAUACUUGAGUACCGUUUAUAUGCUUAGCAAAGUUGGCAUACUUAAAUAUAUAUCAAAUAAGCCAUUUUGAAAGAAUCGGCAUGAUUAACCUUCCACGGACCAAUUAAGCUAUAGGUUUCUUUUAUGCUGCCGAUAUAUUUUAUACAUAAAUGUAUAUUGCAAAUAUAGUUUUGUUGUGGUUGCCUAAAAUUUACAACAAAAAUAUUUUUGAAUAUGAUUUUUUUUAUAUCAUUCUUAGCUUUUUCAAUAACACAAAAUCAAUUUUUAUGCAAUGAAAAGUAUAUUCUAUGCAGCUUUUUUGAUAUUGAUAUAAAGUUUAUUUGGUAUUGUGCUUUCUUUAUUUAUAAAUGUUAAUAAUAUCAACGAGUUAUAUAUUAAAACUUUAAUUAAAAUUUAUAAAAAAAAUUUUAUAACUACAGAAGCAUAAAAAAAGAAAAAAACUGGAUGUAGUCAGUAAUAAUUAAACUUAGAUAUAAGACAUCAAAUAUAUUUAGAAUUCUUAAAUAAAAAUUGAAGUAUAGUUUAAGCCGAUGCAAAAUAUUAGUCAGAAGUGUAUGUUAGGAGUGAAAUAGCUGAUCGUCCGAUGCUCAAGUUGUUCAAACAGCAGAAUAUUAGCAUUUUACGUUCUGCACACGUCCGACAGAUUUUAUAGAAUUGUUUACGAAGAUGUUAAGCAGAAGUACAAAAAAAAUGUAGAAUUGGAAUGUUAUGAUGUUUUUUCACAAGUUAUAUACAGCAAUGAGAUAUAUUGUUGAAAAAUUAUACUUUAUCUUGUAUGAUUUAUGACUUCAAUAAACUGCUGGCUGGCCAGCAAAACUUUUGUUUAGUUA